AUGGAGGUCAUCAAUGAAAACAGCAUCUACCAAUGGUGUAUAGAACAUAAGAUUAAUACAAGAUGCAGUCUGAGUAUGGUGGGGGACCUUACGGGAAUUACUGAUGAUGAAGUGAUUACGGAAGCACUGAAAUUGUGUGGUGUAAGGGUCCCCUUAUUGGUGGACAAGUGGAAGGGAGCGAUCGGCGAAAUUAGAGCAAUACUAAUCACGACGCAGGAUUACUUGGAUCCCUUACUAAUACCGAUCAACGUAUUAGUAGGAGGAACGUCGGGUCGAAGGUGUCAGAUAAUAUGGCCUAAGAGCAUUGAAGAGAAAGACGGGGAGGCUACAGAGGCCGUUGAUCCGAGAGAAGAUACAGAUUAUCAGAGGAGAGAUGCAACUGUCACCGGUGAUAAUUCACGGCCCAAGACAUCAGUAGGUGAAUCUAUUGAACCCCAAGUGGAAUCCGUCAUGGACAAAGUGGUGAGCCAAUUUGAGAGGUGGCACUUCGAAGGAGGAUAUCGGAGAUUACGAGUAUUCUUGGGCACGAUACCUGUGACCACUGGAGAAGAAGGUUACGAUGCAUGGCGUGAAGCUGCCAUACAACAUUCGGAGGAAUGGCGGUGCCCCGAACAUAUUAAGAAGCAGAGAAUCGUUGAAAGCCUAAGGGGUCCCGCCAUGGGGAUAAUACAUGCUACCCGACGUAGCAAUACUAAUGCAACACUGAAGGAUUACUUCAAUGCUUUAGACUAUUCCUUUGGAACGAUUGAAGACAUUGGAGAUAUAUUGGCCCGAUUGAAUAAUACUUACCAAGAACCAUCAGAUCCUCUCACUAAUUUCAUAUACCGGUUGGACAAAAUAUUGUAUAAGCUUCUGGAUAAAGGGGGGAUUGAGCAGUCGGAAAUUGAUGAACGGCGAUUGAAGCACUUAUUGAGAGGGGCACUGACCUCAAGUCCAGUAGCUCAGAGACUUAGAUGUAGUGGGGCUCGAGAUCGGCCACCCACAUUGAGUGAACUGAUCAAGGAUGUGAAGUUAGAGGAGGUCCAAAUUGAUAAUAGAGAAAAAAGUAUCAAGAGGGUGAAGGUGGUAGUGCCAACUGCUGUAUCCCCAUCCCCUGAUGUCACCUCGCCAAAUGACCGACUGUAUAAACUUUUAGAAGAACAAAAUAAAAAGCUAGAUCAACUGAUAACAGUGCACAGCCGUAUUCAGUCACCAGUGAACCGAGGGAGAGGAAGAGGACUAAAUCGACGAGUGGAUAAUCGAGACCACAUAAUCUGUUACAGGUGUGGACAGAUGGGACAUAGAUCUUUUGAGUGCCCACAAAUUGGAAAUUAUGGAAGAAACACCAAUAACGUUGGAAAUCAGAAUGUUAGUCCCCCGGAAAACCAGGAAGGGACGUUGAUGAACCCCGCAUCAACUCCCGAGCCAUAG